UGCAAAUGAUCGGCUUUCCCCAAAUCCAGACAACAUAGUCAACUUCUUCCUCGUCCUUCUCUCUCUCUCCUCGCAAACCCAUCACCUUCUUCGUCAAUUAGGGUUCCUGAAAAUUCUGAAAUUCAUAUGCAAAAAUGAAGGAAAGAGAUUUGAGCGUCUAUGAUUUCAACGAAGAUGAUGAAUUGAGGGACACUUGUCAUCAAUGGUCUAAACUCUCAAACCCUAAAUUCGAUAAUGAUGUUGCGAUGACUAAGUACCAAUUCCUCCAACACGCUUCUUCCGGGUCAAUAGCUCAGGUAAAAGAAAUCCGCACUGUGAAACAAAUUCAUGUUGUUGCAAUUGAUGAUGAUGAUGAUCGUGGUUUUGUCAAUGAUAUUUCGGGUCAACCUCAAAAUGAAUCAGUUAAAGCUGCUUCUGAACAAUCAGAGGUGUUUGGUGCUUUGUCAGACAGAAUCUUGCAAAAGCACUGUCAAUUCAGUGGAGAUAGUGUUAAACCCCAAUGUCCGUCUUUGGACAUGGAGAUAGGAAUCUCCUGUCCCGUGGAACUUCCAUCUGGAAAUGGUCAUAUCAGUCAUUCCGCCCCAGAAUCACCAUGCAGUAACGAUUCAGUUGAUGCUGGGACAUCAGAUGAUUGUGACAGUAUUCAAGAGAGCGCUCCUUCCACUUCUGGUUCCGAGCAGGAAGAGAAUUAUGAUUCAAUGGAUGGACAAUCUGAUGGUGGUUGGGAAAUGGAGGAGAUGGAAACAUCUAUUCUUACCGAUUAUGUCUCCUACGGUGAUAAGUAUCUUCCUGGGUGCCGAAUAUUGUUUACCAAAACCUCUCUUAAACUAGAGGCCUCAGCCUUGGAAGAGGAGUCUGGGACAUCUAGGUCAGAAUGGAAACUCGAUGAAAUUUUUAGUAUUGAGUCACAGUGGAGUGGCAUUGCUCGUAUAGCGGAAGUAAAAGUUCGACUUUUCACAAGAGAUGCAGCGCAAGAAGAAAUUGCACAUGGCAUGGAAGGCAUUGAAGUAUUGGAAUUUUUGGCUUAUGAUCCUCAUUGGAUUGAGAGACGUGAGCGGAUCAUGACAUUUAAUACGAGGUACCAGGCUCUCUGGAGCAUUGGGCUGAAUGGCAAACUUUGUGAAGGAGGUCCCUAUCCUUUAGAGAAUUGCGAGUCUUCUUCAGAUCCUUACCUUCCACAUUUUGAUGAGCCGUUUGAAGAAGUGGUCUACCCCAAAGGUGCCGCAGACGCGGUUGUAAUCAGUAAAAGGGAUGUGGAUCUAUUGGAGCCUGAUACUUUCCUUAAUGAUACAAUCAUUGAUUUCUAUAUCAAGUACUUAGAGAAUGAAAUUUCUUCCUCUGAAAGAGCAAGAUUUCAUUUUUUUAAUUGCUUCUUUUUCCGCAAACUGGCUGAUCCAGACAAAAACCCAUCGGGGGUUUUUGACGGCAAGGCUGGUUAUCAACGUGUUCGGAAAUGGACAAGGAAAGUGAACUUAUUUGAGAAGGAUUACAUAUUUAUUCCAGUUAAUUAUAAUCUUCACUGGAGUUUGAUUGUCAUAUGCCAUCCUGGUGAAGUUGCUAACAUAAAUGACGAGAAUGUUGGUGAAUCUGUGAAGGUUCCAUGUAUAUUGCAUAUGGAUUCUAUCAGAGGAAGCCAUGCAGGGUUAAAGGAUCUUGUUCAGAGUUACCUUUCUGAAGAGUGGAAAGAGAAGCAAAAGGAGACAUCUGAGGAUAUUAUUUCAAAAAUUUUAAAUCUGCGAUUUCUUUCACUUGAGCUUCCACAGCAGGAGAACUGUUCAGAUUGUGGCCUCUUCCUGCUUCAUUAUGCAGAACUCUUUAUAGCUGAAGUCCCUAAAAAUUUCAGUCCUUUCCAGAUCAAUAAGUUUGAGAAUUUUCUAAAGCCAGAUUGGUUUAUGCCUGCCGAAGCAUCUCUUAAGCGUGUUCAUAUCCAGAGAUUGAUCUAUGGACUCCUUGAAGUUGCUCCACCAGAAAAUGCUUCAACUUGCAACCAUAACUCCGAACCUUCGGCAUUUCCAGAAAUCAAGGAGAAUGACAGUGGCUUAGAGUUUAUUUCAGAGAUGAGCCCUGGUAAAUCUUUGAAUUCUUUGCAUUCCCAAUCUGUCCAAGGGAUGGAAAUGGGUCUACUGGAUAAUAUAUCAGGCAUUGCCGACGUGGGUAUGAGAGAGCUGUUUGAACAGCGUCAGCAUUAUGAUCACGGAGCUUCAUUUAGGCGGCCAGGAUGUACAAUGUCGCCAAUCAGGGAGGAAGUAGAAGAAGUUGAUCAUCUUGACCCCCCCACCUCGGCCCAAACUGAACUUUUACAAAGACAUGAAAUGACAUCUGAAGCUUGUGACAUUGGUUACACACCCACAGAUUUCAGCAACGGAUUCGAAUGGAACUCAAAAAUUUCAGAUCACGAGGAAAACUCAUCACCACCUUCAAAUUGUUUGUCUGAUGAUUCUGAAGAAAUGAUGAUCAUUGAAUUUGGGAACGGACUCCAAGGUGCUGCUUCUUCUGGUCAAGAUCAAAAUUUGGAUCAACCGAAAGAUGAUAAUAUAGAUAGUUUGACAGAAAGCUAUGCUUCUGCUUCUAGUGAUAUGAUGCUGACCCCAGCUGAGGAUUCUCAAGAGUUGGCUCAAAUUUAUGGUAAUAAUGAUUUGGAUGUGUUUACUCCUAAUCAAGAACAGGCUAAGGAACCACCACACAUUGAUUUGGAGGAAUUACAGACUCCUAAUCAAACAGAGGCUAAGGAAACAUCACUCAUUGAUCUGGAGAAAUCACAUACUCCUAAUCAAACAGAGGCUAAGGAACCAUCACACAUUGAUCUGGAUACUCCUAUUCAAGAACAGGCUAAGGAAUCAUCACAUGAUUUUCUGGAAUUACAUGCUCCUAAUCAAGAACAGGCUAAGGAAUCAUCACAUGGUUUUCUGGAAUUACAUGCUCCUAAUCAAGAACAGGCUAAGGAAUCAUCACAUGAUUUUCUGGAAUUACAUACUCCUAAUCAAGAACAGGCUAAGGAAUCAUCACAUGGUUUUCUGGAAUUACAUACUCCUAACCCAGAAGAGGCUAAGGAACCAUCAAACAAUGAUCUUGAAAAAUCACAUAUUCUGAAUCAGGUACAAACUAAGAAGCCAUCUUCUUAUCCAGAAUUUGAGAUAAUUGAAGAUGAUGAAGAUACUAUAGCCGUUAACGAGGUGGUUGAGGAUUCAGGCUCAGACCCGGAUGAGGUGCACGCGGCAAAGAGAAUCCGGCUUACACCGUUGGGUGGUGAUGGUGAACGAGAGAUUGUUCGAAGCAUAUCUAAGGAACUUGAGGUGUAAGUGGGGCCCUCGUUUUAAAAUGUAAAUCUUAUUGUUUAUCUUUUUCUAUGUAGGUUGUUUUGGUUUGCCAUGGGGGUGUGAAUAGCUUUCAGUGUUGUAAGUAACAUGGUGAAUUCGCGAUGCUAAUAGUGUUUCGCGUAGUUGGUUGGUUGGCUCUUCCAUAAUUUUGGAUCCAAGAAAAAUCGAUAUCUUAGUAAGAAGAAUCAGGAUUAUUAGUAUUAUUCAGUUCAUGAAUAUAAGUAAUAGGCUGUAGUUUGUUUUACGUAGUAACUGUUAAAAUUGUGCUUUCAGAUUGCUGGACACAAUUGUUGCCUUUUA